CGCGCGCGGAGCCGGUGAUGAUGAUGAUGAUGAGUGGAUCUUCCUCUUCAGUGGAUGUCAGUAAUGUCUGCAGAGGAAGUGUUGAACACGUGAUGCACUGCUGAAAACACACGAGUGUGUGUGUGUGUGUGUGUGCUGCAGUCAUGCAGCUGAUGAACUCUGCAUUCUCGGGUCCGUCCUCCCCGACGCCGGGCCCCUCGCCCCCCCGCCCGCCCCUGUGGCCCCCGCUGGACUUCGGGCUGGGCGCGCUGGCCUGCUGCGGCGCGUGUGUGUUCACCAACCCGCUGGAGGUGGUGAAGACACGGCUGCAGCUGCAGGGGGAGCUGCGGGCGCGGGGCUCGUACCGCCGGCUGUACCGCGGCGUGCUGCAGGCGCUGUGGGUGGUGGGCCGCACCGACGGGCUCCGGGGCCUCCAGAAGGGGCUGACGGCGGCGCUGCUGUACCAGGGGCUGAUGAACGGGCUGCGCCUCGGCUCCUACGCCCAGAUGCAGGCGGCGGGGGUCACUGACGGACCCUGCUGCAGUCUGAUAGCCGGAGCUGCAGCCGGAGCACUGGGGGCCUUCAUCGCAUCCCCCGCGUAUCUGGUGAAGACGCACCUGCAGGCACAGACAGUGGCGGCCCAGGGCCGCCUCUACUGCGGGUUCGUGGACUGUCUGCUGAAGGUGUGUGCGGCUGAAGGUGUUCUGGGUCUUUAUAAGGGCAUGACGCCGGUGUUUGUGCGUCUGGCUCCACACACCACUCUCAGCAUGCUGCUGUGGGACGUCCUGCGACAGCGCGCACUGCCAUACACACACUGAUCUACCCACAAUGCACCUGGAAGGAGCGUUGUCCCUCACCGCCUUCUCUACAGACUCUUUACAUUUAAUCGUGUGUGUGUGUGUGUGUGUGUGUGUGUGUGUGUGUGUGUGUGUUUUGAGGGUGCAGUCCUGUAAUAAACUCUGAGGUGUGUAA